GCCUGUCAGCUUGAAGUUGCGACCCCGUCAACCCAUAGCAUAUCACUGCAACAUCAAUGGAGGGUGUUUGUUCCAGACAUCAACAAAUAGUAACUGAUUCUGUGAAGAUGCGGCGGAAGACGACUCCUGCACUUCCUGUGCUGCCGGUUCCAGUCAGAAGAGGUAAGCGCAAGCAGCGCGUCCCACUGCGAUUCGUCGGAUCACUGAUCCCGCGCUCAUGCCUCUCCAUCCACAGGCAGCUGGACAGGCCACCAGAGGAUAACAGGGACGACACGUUUCGCGAAGAUGUGGACUACGAUGACCUGUUGAAUUUUCUAGAGACAGAUCAGUGGACGAGGAAGAAAAGAAGCGGCCGCCGCAAGAAGAAACCCUACUUGUUGCGUCUUCCUUGCGCGGAUGGUGAACGCUACGAAAGGCGGAAGUGCUCGCUGCACACUGCAUUCUUGGGCAACAACCAUGCCAGUACUGCGGCAACACAUCAACAGAGCCCAACUCAUCAAGAUGGCGCAGCUCAUCAACUCGAAGGUCUUCCAACUCAUCAAGGGAUCCCAACUUAUCAGACUGGCCCAAUUCAUCAAGGGAUCCCAACUUAUCAGGCUGUCCCAAUUCAUCAAGGGAUCCCAACUUAUCAGGCUGGCCCAAUUCACCAAGGGAUCCCAACUUAUCAGGCUGGCCCAAUUCAUCAAGGGAUCCCAACUUAUCAGGCUGGCCCAAUUCGUCAAGGGAUCUCAAUUUGUCAAGGGAUCCCGAUUCAUCAGGCGAGUGCAAUUGAUCAAGGGAUCCCAGCUGAUGAAGGGCUCCCAGCUUAUCAAGGGAUCCCAACUCAUCAAGGGAUCUCAGGGAUGCCAACUCAUCAAGUUAGCGCAAGUCGUCAAGGGAUCCCAACGCAUCAAGGUGGCACGUCUCGUCGAGGGAUCAUGAAAGCCAUGCCGGUUGCCCCAAGAGGAAGUGCCAGUAUGCACCAGUUUGACUUGCAUAGAAAGAAGGCCAGUCAUGUUGACUUUGCUGUCAUGACCCCUGAUCUCCACGAUGAACUGGAUCAUGGUGAUCGAUCAGGUGGCACAGGCAUCAUUGCCAAGAAGAGUAACAUUCCUGAUGCUCAAGCUGAAGGCGAAUGGCCCGAUUCGGAAGAACUGCUCGAGAAUCUUAAUAAGGAGGCUGAUGUUGUAUGUGAACGAUGGAAAGAUGAGGUAUUCAAUAGCAUGCUGUCCAAUGUCGAUUUGGCGAGCAAGGUGUCAUUUGCUGAAUAUGGUCAUCUGUGUGCAUGGGACACUUAUGACCGCCUACAUCCCGGAACAACACCUGCCGGCUCCAAUCAGUAUGAAUGCCAAGAAAGAACCAUGCUUUUGAAUAGUACGAAUACGUCAUCCAAUGGUUCCACAGUCCCGGCGACUGCUGCCUGCAGCCGCGCACACAAUGAUCAUUGCACUCUUGCAGCAGCUGGGGUGGUGGCUCCCAUGCAGUUUCGUUGCGUCCCUGGUGAUUGGCACGUUGCUGAUAGUGGCGGCUCACCUCCGCCAAUUGUCGAAUCGGAUACGAUCCCCUUAACAGAGAAGCCUGCACUGCUUGAAGGCCUCUAUGAUGGCAUCGACGAGAGUGCAGAUCGCAUUACAAAAGCCGCACAAGAGUCCCAGGAUCAUUCUAGAGCUGCAGAGUGGGCUUUCCAAGCUGAUCCCAGCACAGCUUUGGUGUUGCCAGAAGAGCGGCACACGGGUGUGGUCCCUUUUGAGCGCGGCGUACGCAUACGCUUGAACUUUCGACCGAGGGUAUGCAUGGACUUACUCACUCCGGUGAAAAGGAACCAGGAGAAUCGAGGCAGGAAGAAGAAAAGAGGCCGUCGUCGUGGCGCCAGGAAGAAGAAAAGAGGCUGUCGUGGAAGACCUGCAGGAGAAAGUUACCCGGACAUGAGAGAUAUGUCCGUUGUUCGUCGUCAUGACUACAAUGACGCCUUGGUUGAGACGGCGGGAGAAGAGUCGUGGCAGGCCUUCAAUCCGGAUGGUCAAGGUGAAGAUGGCCAAACGAUUGUCUACGAGCCACAGAACCUCGAUGAUGAUGAUGAUGAUGUGCUGCCGAAAGGGACAGGGGAGGAGGACGGCAUGUACACGUCAGAGCAGGAAGAGGAGGAGCGCCUGAAGAAGAAGGAAGAGAAGACACAGAUUUUGCACAGCAAAGUGAGGGGAGUCAUACACAUUUUACGGCAAGUGCAAGGUCAUCGAGGUCCAACAAAAUGGAAGGGCUCUGUCAUCGACUCCAUCAUUGGGACUUUCCUUACCCAGAAUGUCUCUGACGUCUUGUCAAGAGUAGGGCCCACUCGUGGUGGUACUUCCACCAACCCCUACACGAAGGAGGAGGAGGAGGAGAUGGUCGCCAUUCUACAGGAGAGGAAGGAGAAGGAGGAGGCCAAGAAGAAGGCCUUGAAGGAGGAGCAGGCGGCCAAAUUGAAGAAGAUAGAAGAAGAGAUGGCCAGGGAGAAGGAGAGGCUACAGAAAGAAAAAGAAGAGAAAUUGAAAGAGGUGGAAGAGGAGGAAGAAGAUGAAACGCCACUGCAAAGGAAGAAGAGUCAGCACAGUGGCGGCAGGGAUGAGGAGAUGGAAAAGCGGAUUUCAGAAUGGGUCGCCAACUUGUCCCUAGGUGAAGAGGAAGAGGUUGCUAUGUAUAUCCCCAAGGAUGAGCAAGAAGCCGCCAUGAAAAAAUGGGAAGCAGAGGAAGAUGUUCUAACGUGGCGGGCGAUGGAAGAUGAACAGAGGAUGGUGUGGAAGCUCGCAAUGAUGAGGGAGAAGAAGAGAAGAGUGGAGGCGGCGAAUGCAGCAAUACAGGAAUUGGAGGAGGUGCAGAAAUUGAGGUUACAAUUGACACCCGAGGUAGAUCUCGAGCGGAAGGUGGAGAUCAUCGCCCAGAGCGUCGAGCGUUUAGCCAAAGUGCAAGAAAAACACUAUGAGUUUAGUCGCAGCCAGGAAAUAUCGGUGCGUUCGAUGCGAACGGGAUUACAGGACUUUGCUCGCGAGUUAGUAGGCGAUGUGGGGUCCGAGGUGAGUCAUUGCCUCAAGAAGACUGAGCGUUUUUGUGUCGGCGCCAUUGAGGGCGUCAAGGUGGCAGCUCCCAAGGAGGAGGAUACUCGUCCUCGCAGGGAGCCAGUCAAAGUCAAAUUCCCUGAUUCCUACAGUGGAAAAAGGGAAGAGAACUUUGACAAUUGGGAGGCCAACAUCAGGACCUAUGUGCAUCUGCAACAGGUCUCCCGGGACCAGCAGGUCCUAAUUGCGAUCCACGCGCUUAAGGACGAGGCCGCUAGUUUUGCAAGGUCCCUUGUUCGCGCUGCUAACUGCAGUGACGAUCCAGUUGCAUACUCCACAUUCACCCCCCUCGUUGAGUUCCUGAAAUUGCUGCGCGAGCGAUUUGCUGAUGUCGCUCGUAGUGUUAAAGCGUCAGAUAGGCUGCAGACGAUCCACGCCCGCAAGUGGAAGAGUGCCAGGGCACUCAAGAAUACAAUGGAUGAGUUAGUGGCUGUCCCUGACCAUGGGGUUACGGACACCCAGUCGGUCGGCCUCUUCUAUCGGGCCAUACCCGAAGCCCUCCGAGGGCAUUUCUUCGCAAAGAGCGAAGACCCUACCACUACGUACGAUUCUCUUAGUCGCGAAGUGGUGGCUUUUGAAGCCAAGUCUGCGUCUGUGUCCACCUUCUGGCACAAAGACUUGGAUAAGGGAAAGCAAUGGAAGGGCCACACUAUCUCUGGGCAAGUGAAGACUAAGGAUAGCCUUGUCCUAACUCUAGACGAGGGUAGUGUAGAUGAGAUCCCCUACGAUCAGAUUAAGUGGGGGUUAGAGGAGAAUGACAGCGGUGUGGACCAGGGGAGGACUUACGCUGUUGUUGCGGCUGGAGGGAGGCCGCAAGGAGGACGAGGCCAGGGCCAAGGGGGCCGGGCCUCAGUUCCAGGGCGAUCAGGGGGUUGGCGAUUGGUGAAGAAGGAGAAACUGGAGGAACAGGUUUUUGUUGCCUAUGUUAGGCCAGUGACUGAGCCUACGGAGGAGAAGCCGAUGGACCCUGCGAUUGCCAAGCUGCUGGAGGAGUUUAAAGAUUUAACUGAGCCGCCGAUAGGAGUAGUAUUGCGGCCCAUCCAGCACCGUAUCGAAAUAGAGCCUGGCAGUAGAACUCCUAAGGGCGCUGUGUAUAGGAUGUCUCCACGGGAGUUAGAAGAGCUUCGCAAGCAGUUAGACGAGCUCCUCGAGAAGGGUUGGAUUAGGCCCAGUUCGUCUCCGUUUGGAGCGCCUGUUUUCUGUGUCCCUAAAAAAGAGGGAGAGUUGAGGAUGUGCAUAGACUAUAGGGGUCUGAAUGCUAUUACAGUAAAGAAUGCUGAGCCACUGCCUAGGAUAGACGAUCUCUUAGAUCGAGUGCAGGGGGCGAAGUAUUUUUCUAAGAUAGAUCUGAAGUCCGGAUAUCAUCAGAUAGAGGUGCAUCCUGAUGAUCAGUAUAAGACAACCUUCCUGACUAGAUAUGGGCACUACGAGUUCAUAGUGAUGCCCUUUGGACUAACCAACGCGCCAGCCACGUUCCAACGCUGUAUGAACGAUUUGUUUAGCCCGUGCUUAGACAGAUUUGUUGUAGUUUACCUAGAUGACAUUCUAGUGUUUAGCAGGACCCUCGAAGAGCAUCAGGGUCAUCUCAGGCAGGUCUUGGAGAAGCUGAGGGAAGCUAACUUCAAGAUCAAUGCAAAGAAUGUGAUUGGGCGAAAACCCAAACCUUUGAGAAAGGAGACCAUCUGGAAGUGGGACAAGGACUGUACGUCUGCCAUGAAGAAAUUGAAGCAGGCCUUGAUAGAGUAUCCAGUCCUUAAAGUCGCCGAUCCGUCCUUGCCUUUUGUCGUCACGACCGAUGCUAGUCAAUACGGCAUAGGUGCAGUGUUACAGCAAGACGAUGGCAAUGGGUAUAGACCCGUAGAGUUCAUGUCCGCCAGAAUGCCUUCAGAGAAGGUCGCGRCAUCUACCUAUGAGAGGGAACUCUACGCUCUCAGGCAAGCCUUAGACCACUGGAAGCACUACUUGCUUGGGAGGCACUUCAAAGUUUAUUCUGACCAUGAAACGUUACGAUCGUUAAAGACGCAGGCCAAGAUGACACCUAAGCUUACUAGUUCUUCAUACAUGGUUCUUUCUGAAGCAUUUAAGCGCAAACUCAACCUGCGAGAUUCCUAUACAGCGCUUGCUGCUGGGUUCGGACAGCAAGAGGAGGACAAGUUCAAAAUUGAUGAGGGGUCGGAAGGGGGGUACAAUUGCAAAUCACAGUCCGCAGAUUUCAGGAAGGAGGAACCAAGCAAACAGCAAUCUCCCCAAUCGAGCAAUGCAAAUCGGGACCAGAUUCAAGGACUCGAAGAGAUAGAAUCGCGACUGGAAGAAGAGUUGGAAGAAGAGGUAGAGCUCAAAGAUGAAGCUGUUUCGCAACCAGAAGGCUUGGAUCCGAACCAGGUUGCAAAAGAGGACCAAGGUCCAAAUGCGUUGCCGGAUCAAGAGAGAGACAAGUGUUGCCUUGAAGAGUCGGAGCGCGAGGACGACGUCGUUGUUAUCCAAUCAGAAGGUCUCAAUCUGAUACGGAUUCAAAAAAAAAAAGAGGUCGAGGUUCCCAAGGAGGUGCUGGCCGAUGAAGAGAUGGACGGCGCAUGUUCUGUAGUUGAACAGUUUGCGGACGAGCUGGAGGUUGAGGAUGAUAACAAAUCCGUUUUUUGGCGGGGAGGCCUGGAUCUCAACCUGGUUGGAAAAGAGGACCAAGUUCGAAAGAAGUCGCCUAGUCUAGAGAGGGGCGCAUCAUGGCAGUGGCUUGAACGAGAGGUUGGAGAAGGGUUUGGUUUUGAAGGUGACGAGGAGAGCAUUUGGUCGAAUUUCCAGCCAGAAGAGUUGGAUCUGCACCAGGCAAGGAAAGAUGACCAGGUUCCUACGGAGGUGCCUGAUCAAGAGAUGGACUUAUGUUCACUUGCAGACUUCAUGGAAGAGUUGGACGAGCUUGAACCAGAAGGGUUGGAUUUGAACCAGGUUGGAGAAGAGGACCAGGUUACAACGGGGGUGCAUGAUGGAGCGACGAGCAUGGGGUUCGAUUUGAACAAGGUUGGAAAAGAGCACCAGGAUCGAGCGAUGGGCCUGUGUUCGCUUAAACAAUCUGCGAAAGGGUUGGACGAGCUCGACGCACGAGAAGUGUUGGAUUUAAAUCAAGUUGCAAAAGGGGUGUGGGUUACGAAGUUGGGGCCUGAUCGAGAGAGAGACAUGGGGUUCGAUUUGAAUGAGGUUGAAAAAGAGGACCAGGUCCCGAAUCAGGUGCCUGAUGGAGAGAGAGGCCUGUGGUCGCUUGAACACUCUGCAGAAGGGUUGGACGAGAUUGAACCGGAAGUGUUGGAUUUAAACCAGGUCAGGAAAGAGGCCCAGGUAAUGACGGUGGUGCCUGAUCGAGAGAUUGACGCGUGUUGUUCUCAAGGGGAAGAAAUGCUGAGCUGCAGCGAAGUGCUUGCAUUGUCGCAGGAGGAGGAACUUCAAGAAGCUGCACAAGCAGAGGAGUUGGAGCUCGACAACGGUGGCGCUGCCGCUAACCAACCGAAUGAAUCAGGCGGGGAGCCAAUCAUUGAAACUCCAGAUGGAUUAGGUUGGGACUCUUGGGACCCAAUCCGCGAAAGUCCAAAGGGAUCAGGUUGGGACCCAGAUGGAAAGGAGGAGGCCUCUUAUCCAGACAUAGGGUGCAAUAAACUGAUUGUAUGGUCAGAUGCAGCAGAUGCAGCAGCGAAAGGUGGGUUAAGAGAUUGCUAUGCCAGCUCAGCAAUAUUACAUCAGCCGGGGGAAGGAAAGCAGAAUCUGCAAAGCAAACAACGGCUUCGAGGCCUGGAGAUGGACGAACACUUGUCUGAGAGGGAUAAGGGCCAAGGAGGGUGGAUCAUUGAGAGCGGCAGCCACGGAGGAGGGUGGAUCAUUGAGAGCGACAACCACGGAGGAGGGUGGAUCAUUGAGAGCGACAGCCACGGAGGAGGGUGGAUCGAUGAGAGCGACUGCGGCGCAAAUCGGGAUAACAGACUGGAGGUUGGGACUCAAGAAGGCUUGGCUGUGGCUCAACCUCAAAAAGGAACUGAAGAUCAGAAUGGCAUUGACGAUCGCAUUAUCGGAAUCGAAUGGAAUGUCACCGCGCCGAAGAAAACGCGCAAGGUGCGAAAGCAAGAGACCAUGGACUGGGAGAAGGAGCGUCGGGCGUGCAGCCGAAGAAUGCGAUUCAUCCAGCGAAGGAGUCGAGAAAAACAAGCACAACAAAUGAGCUCGUGCCGCCUGUGCAAGGAAGCUGUGAGAGCAGAGCUGCCCAGGGAUGAUACAGUCGUAGUUGAUCCCGAUCCCGAUCCCGAUCCCGACCCCAACCCCGAUCCCGAUCCCGAUCCCAAUCCUGAUGCCAAUUCUGUGUUCAACCCACAUCUUGGACUGCAGCCUGCACGAAGAGAUUUCAUCAAAAUUGAAUAUGAUACGGAUGAUGAGGUGGCCCACAAACAGACACCGUCCCGAUCUUCAGCCGGUGAUGCUGGUAGCAGGGAAUCUGUUGUUGACUGGGAUGCACUUCGGCUUUCGGACGAGGACAGCAUUGCCGACCUCAUCCGUGCACGGGGAAUGCAGAAAAUGCUGGCUCAGAGAAUAAAGGAAUCGGGUCCUGCAUGGGACAUGAGACCAGGAUUGGACGUGGGAUCAGCAUGGGACUCUGGGAAUCGGGUGCAGCAUGAGACUUUGGGACCAGCAUGGGACUCUGGGAAUCCGGUCCAGCAUGGGACAUGGAACCGGGAUUGGACGUGGGACCAGAAUGAGACGUGGGACCAUCAUGGAACUCUGAGAAUAUGCGGAUCCAGCAUGGGACUCUGGGAAUCGGGUCCAGCAUGGGACUCUGGGAGUACGGAUGCGCCGAAGACGAAGCUGGAGCGAUGGCGCCACAGGUUCGAGCUCCAUUAUCAGCUCAUUGCAUUUGGGAAGAUCUUCUGCACCAAGAAGGAUCCCAACUGCUACCAGUGCCCAUUAAGAGAUGAAUGCAGCCAUUUCAAGAGCCAUCAAGAUGAGGCUAAAAGAAAGGAGGGGCAGGAUGGGCAAACUGCACAGUUCAAGUCGCCCAUUCUAGAACAGCAAGGGGUGGUGAUCGAUAUCGUAAGGGGUAUAGGAGAUGUAAAUGAGCGAGAGGUUAAUGAGGAGGGAGACAUCAAUAAGGCGGCAAACGGUGGCAAGGGGGAGGUCGAUCAGCGAGAGGUAGAUGGGGGGGAUAAAAGCGCAGCGGAAAACGAGAAUGUUAUUCAGCCGCAGAUGAUGGAUACAGAGAGCAGCAGAUUGCUGGAGCCGCAAAGGAUUGACGAGAGGAUGACAUCGACAUCGGCAUCGACAUCGACAUCGGCAUUGACAUCGACAAGAUCGAUCCCAAAGGAGAUCACAGAUAUCGAGGAAGAUUGUUGCGGUUGUCUGAACUCUAAGCAAGCGGCCGUCGGUCGGCGGAUGCCAAAGAAGGCAAUCGUGAAGAAGUGGAGAGGCGGUGAGCGAAUGACAAAAUCCACCGCACAAGAUUCCGGACGAACGACGAGGCCAACCACAAACUUCACAAAGGAAACAGCAGAUAUGGAAGACAGUGUGAGCGAGGAGGAAGCUCGUGAGACGAUGCAGCAGCAGUCCAGCUCCUCUACCAAGCUGGUUGUCUUACCAAUUGGAGGAGGAGACGAAGAGGAUCAUGGCGUCUUAUUGACGAUGCUCCCAAAGAGUGAUGACAAGCAUCUGCGUACCGUACAUGAUGGGUGAGCGACAAGCAUACCCUCCCGUGCCCUUCUUUUUCCUUCUUCUUUCCCCCCUCCCCCUCCCUUUUUAGAAGGGUGUAAUCGACUCAAAAUC